GCUCACCAAUUCUCAUUUACACUUCUUUUUUCGCUGUCUUUUCAUACCACCUCUUUUCCUUUUACUCUCCCUUUUUACUUGACACAAAGCACUCUCUUCAUUUACAAACAAUGUCUGACAACGUUGCUCAUGCUCUCUCUGGUGCCGGUGGUGGCAUUGUCUCCAUGGCAUUGACCUACCCCUUGGUCUCGAUUAGCAGCCGUCUCCAAGUGCAAAAGAAUGACGAUAGCAAGGAUGCCUACAAGAACACUGCCGAUGCCUUUGUCAAGAUUCUUGCCAAGGAAGGUCCUCGCGGCCUUUACUCUGGUUUGAGCUCGGGUGUCUUUGGCAUUGCUGUCACCAACGGCGUCUACUACUACUGCUAUGAAGCCGUCAAGGCCAUCUUUGAAAAGGCCAAGGGUCAAGGCAAGCCCAUGUCCACUGGUGAAUCCAUGCUUUCUGGUGCUAUUGCUGGAUCAGCUGUCGUCCUUGCUACUCAUCCCAUUUGGACUGUCAACACCCGUCUUACUGUCCGCAAGGGUGUUGAUGGUGACAGCAAGGCCAAGAAGCCCAAUGCUAUCGCUGUUGCUAUGAGCAUUUUGAAGAACGAAGGUCUUGCCGGCCUCUACUCUGGUGUCAUGGCCGCUUUGGUCCUUGUCAUCAACCCCAUCAUCCAAUACACUGUCUUUGAGCAGGUCAAGAACAAGGUCUCCAAGAUGAAGCAGUUGAGCAACCUUGAUUUCUUCUUGUUGGGUGCUUUCAGCAAGCUCUGCGCUACCGGCAUCACCUAUCCCUACAUUGUUGUCAAGUCUCGUAUGCAGGUCAGCCAAAACAAUGAUGAACGUUACACUUCGAUCUGGGAUGGCUUCUCCAAGAUUAUCGCCUCUGAAGGUGUCGGUGGUUUGUACAAGGGUAUCAGCUCCAAGAUCGUCCAGAGUGUCUUGACUGCCGCCUUCCUUUUCAUGGCCAAGGAGAUGCUCUUUGACUGGGCUGUCUGGGCUCUUGUCCUCGCUGGUGCCCGCAAGGCCAAGGUUGCCGCUGGCAAGGCAUAGAUCAAUUACCAGAGAACUUUAUCAACCAUCAUUCUUUUCUCUCGUUUCUCUUUUACGCCCACCCACCCUCCCAACCUAUCAACACCCUCUGUUCACCUAUAUCACCUGUUCUUUUCUCCACUUCUCUUAUAUUAGCAAAGCUCUUAAAAACGAUACAAAAUUGUAUGUAUAUAUAAAUAUGAUCUCUAGAAUAUAAAAAAAUGGCUUAGAUCAUUUCUGAUGCUAGAUAGUAAGAUAAAAAAUAUUAGUAAUGAUGUCUUUUGCUUCCUAG